AUGCAGCCGUGGUACAAUAAAUUGGGCCGGCAGGGGCGCCAGCUGGCCGAGCAAUGGCAGACUGAUGCAGAGCCGUGGGGUAUUGCUACUCCGACUCCUCUGGAUUAUUUGUUUGACGAACUAACUGCUCCCAAAUCGUCCACUACCCCAGACAGAAUCCUAUCAUAUCUGGCAUACUACUAUCCAAAACUGAAAAACGAGAACAAUGUCGAGCUUUUGACGCUCUGUUUCUUGCGAUGUCCGCUUUUCUUCAACGAUGCCCAGCUGGUGUCGUUCAACGAUAAUUAUCGCGUUAUCGAGUGCUUCAAGUACAUCAUGGACAAAAAGUUCCAGAUCAGCCAGCCGACGCUGCCCUUUUACAGGUUCUACAACGCGCUGUUUGGAGCCGUGGCGAAGGUUGCAGCAGAUAGCAGGUGCGCUUGGAAAGUGGUCCCCGUGGUUGUUGGAUGCUUGCUCUCUGUCGACUCAAGAAACGACUACGACAGGUAUCCCGAGCAUUUUCAGCUUAUUGCGACAGUAGAUGCCAAACUCGUGGACAUUGCAGCCAAUACGUUGGAACGGAGCAUGGAAGGACCGCUUUCAAAGGAUCUGCUCUGUCUUAAUGUUGUUGCGUUGUCCUGUGUCCAGGACAAGCUUGUCGACUCUCAAUUGUUGCGAAUUUUGCGAGUGAGAUCCGACAUUUUGAAAAUUCUCACAGAGCUCACGUUCAACUCGCCAUACGGUCUGGAAAAUGGCCGUGUUUUAUCAGUAGGCAACGCAAACACGCCGAUCGUUGUCAGACACCUAAAUCGGAUCUCGUUUCUGUUCGCCAAGCUCACGUCGAUACACCCAAAAGUCGCUUUGUUGGUGGAUGAUUUGGAUUUGAUUUUGAACAGGAUCCAAACGUUCAGCGAGAGCGUGUUGAGCGUCCCAAAUCCGACAGAAACGCAAUGGAGUACACUAAGAGUGGUAUUGUUUGCACAAGUCAUGAUGUUUGAAGGAAUCAUGGCCCGUUUCUUUCAAAUCAACGACCAUUCUCUCAACAGUACCGUUCUGCCCACCCUGAGCAGGAAAAUCCUCACAACGUUGUUCAACUUCAACUUUGUUGUCGACAGGAUCGGCACUGGCGGGUUCGAGAGCUACAAUUUCGUCUACGCGUCGUGUCUCAGCGCACUCACAAGCUACGACAUUCCUACGGCAGAAACACUCAUCAAAUGCUGGACCAGCAGCAUAGCAUUCAAGCAAGUCGACAAUUCUGCCGCAGAGCGCGGGAAACUACUGUUUGAUCUCCAAUUUAUUGAAAAUGUCGUCAAUUUAGUCUCCGACAGCCUAAAGUUUGAGUUUAUCAUCCCCAUAGUCCAAGAUCUCAUAGGUAAGGCUCAAGACCAGGCCGUUUUGGAGAGCGCACAUUCAGUCAUGGUUAAAUACUUCACCAGCGUCGACACCUACAACGAGGCCCAAUUGGUGGACUACACGAACAACGUCAAACAUGUUGGAGCGCAGCUGAUCGAUUACCUUACACUUUCCCUAGACCAGUUUCCGGUCCGGCUAUCGCUGAGCCAAAUCGGCAUUAUUGUCGAGACACUUGCCAAAAUCACGUUUCCGGACACCGCUGUGCACGAGUGCGAUCCGGAACUGUACCGAGAGCUGCUAUUGCUCGUUUACAACAGAUGUCUCGUUGCCACGAGCGAAGAGCUUCCAAAUGCUCAAGCUCUGCCAAAAACACGCCACGGAGCAUUCACGUCUCUCCUGAUCAGAAUUCUGCCCCUGAUACCGUUUGACGAAUACCAAUCAUGGCUGGAGAGAACCCUCAGUCUUGCGUUCCGCACCGUCGGUGACGAGCGCACAUACCUUCUGGACCUGCUCUGGGACAGUAUACUGGGCACAAACAGACACUAUCCGCAGAAAGGGUACGUUGGCAUCCAAUGGUGGUACGAACAUGUCAACGAGAGUCAGGAAAAAGCAAAAUUAUAG